UGCACAUUCCGCGCCACAUCGCCAUUGUUUCUUCGACAGUUGAGAGAUUUUAAGCCGUUUUUUAUAUGUGAAGACAUCGUUUGGGGGACAUUAUGUCGUGUUGGGAGUGAAGAAGGAAUUCUCAGCGAUUGUUCAGCCCACAUUUGGCUUGCACAGUACCAACACCUUCACAUUGCCGACUGGACUACGUCCAACCAGGAUGCAGACAUGCAGUGUGGGCCAGACAUGUUGGAGGAGCUGUUUCCUAACCUAAAUCAUGUCUUACAAGAUGUCUGAGAGCUAGCCAGCUGAGUGGAGGACUCCCCUCUCUGCCCGUGCUUUUCACCUGCAGCCAUGAAUGGCGGAGCCACUGCGUGGGCCAUCACUCCAGAGGAGAGGGGGAAGCACGACAAACAGUUCGACACCCUCGCCCCCGUUCUCGGCUAUGUCUCAGGAGAACAAGCCAGGAAGUUCUUCCUCCAAUCUGGCCUGCCUCCUUCUGUCCUGGCGGAGAUCUGGAACCUCGCUGACAUGGACAGCGAUGGGAAGAUGGACAGACAAGAGUUCUCCAUCGCUAUGAAGCUCAUUAAACUCAAACUUCAGGGGCGGAAUUUACCAUCUGUCCUGCCAAUCACCAUGAAGCAACCUCCUGUCGCCAAUUCUGCUCCAACCAUCCCUUCAUCAGCACGUUUUGGAAUGGGUUCUAUGCCAAACCUGUCAGUCGGUCUGUCAUCCAUGUCAGCUAUGUCAGCCAUGCCCAUCCUAACACCCAUCCCGGUUAACCCCUCCAUGCACUCUGUGCCAACCCUGGUGCCAACGCCAAUGACUCUGCCCCUCAUCACCUCCCUGGGAAACUCUGGACUCCCCAAUGGCAAUGUCAACCUCCUCACCCCGCCUUUUAUUCCCAACAAUACAGUGCUUCCUCUGUCUGGCUUCUCCUCUCCGAUGGCGUUCUCUCCAUCCACUGGCAUGUCGAAGGCCAACUCUCUUCUGGACCUUGGAUCCAGCAGUUCAAACUCUUCCUCCACCACGUCGUUGGCCAGUAACUCUCCAAAGACAGGCGCAAGUGACUGGGCCGUUCCGCAGAGCUCGAGACUCAAGUACCGUCAGCAGUUCAACACACUAGACAAGCUCAUGAGUGGCUACUUGUCUGGACCUCAGGUUAGGAAUGCGCUGAUUGCAUCGAACCUAACCCAGACUCAGCUCGCUACCAUCUGGACGUUGGCGGAUGUGGAUAAGGACGGUCAGCUACAAGCUGAUGAAUUCAUUCUGGCCAUGCACCUGGUGGACAUGGCUAAAACUGGCCGACCUCUUCCCCUCACACUGCCUCAAGAUCUGGUGCCUCCCUCUCUCAGAGGAGGAACCAAGCCCAGUGAGCUUGUUAAUGGAACAGGCCCCUACACAACUCCCUGUUUAUUGGACACACCAGAGAUAGAACCUGCACAGAAGCCAAAGAGCAGUGUCUCCUUCGAGGACAAGCUGAAGGAGAACUUUGCGCGAGGCAGCGCUGAGCUGGAGAAACGUCGACUGGCUCUGGAGGAAGAGCAAAGAAAGGAGAGGGAGAGGAGAGAAAGGGAGGAGAGAGAGGCUCAUGAGAGGAGGGAGAGGGAGGCGAGGGAGCAGGAGAACCGGAGGAGGCUGGAGGAGGAGAGGAGGCUGGAGAGGCAGAGGGAGAUGGAGCGACAGAGGGAGGAGGAGAGGCUGAGAGAGCUGGAAAGGAAGGAGGCGGCUAAGCAGGAGAUGGAGCGCCAGCGGAGGGAGGAGUGGGAGCGUGGGAAGAGAGAGGAGCUUGGCAGGAGGAGAGAGGGAGAGCAGGAAGAGAUCUCCAGACUCAGGGCCAAAAAGAAGAGUCUAGAGUUGGAGCUAGAGGCUGUGGGCAACAAGCACAAGCAGAUCUCCGACCGUCUCCGUGAUGCUCAGAGCAAGAGGCGGAUCCUGAAGGCAGAGGUGGACCUUGUCAAUCAGAAGAGGGACUCGCGCAUCGUAGAGAUCAACACACUGCAGCUUCAGUUUGAGGACUGGCAGAGGAAGCUGUCACAGCUGGUCCCUGAGCAACAGAGACUGACAGAGAAGCUGCGAAACAUCAACCUAAACAAAAUCCCCUCCGUGACUUUGACCUCUCUGACCGGGAGCGUGACGGAGAAAGGGGUGAACUGUCGGAGGCUGAAGGACCAGCUUGACACUCUGGAGAGAGAGACCACAGACAAACUGGCCCAGAUGGAGCAGUACAACAAGGAGCUUAAGGAGCUGAGGGAGAAGCAGGUGAGGCAGCAGGCUGUCCUGGACGACCUGCACAGAGUCAAAGAGGAGAAACUGAGGGAGCUGCAGAGACGCAGGGAGGAGGAGACAGAGAGGAGGAGGAGGGAGGAGGAAGAGGCCGCCAGACAGGCGAAGCUAGAGCAGGAGAGAAGAGAGAAGGAGAAACGGGAGGAAGAGGAGGCGCGUCAGAGGAGGCUUCUGGAGGAGCAGAGGGCCAGACAGAGGGAGGAGGAGGAGAGGGAGGCACAGGCUCGCCUCCGAGCAGCCCAGGAGAAAGCACAGGAAGAGGAGAGAAGAAGGAGAGAGGAGGAAGAGGAGGAGAAGAGGAAGAGGGAGGAGGAGGAAGAAAGAAAACGGAAAGAGGAGGAGGAGGAGAGGAGGAAGAAAGAGGAGCAAGAGAGAGGAGGACAGAAGCAGCCGGUGUUGGUGGCUCAGAAGUCCUCGAAGCUGACCACAUACAGAGCUCUGUACUCAUUCGUCGCCCGAAACGCAGACGAGCUGAGUAUCGACGCAGACGGCCUCAUAGAGGUGGAUGAGCAGACCGUCGGUGAGCCCGGCUGGCUGUGUGGGAGUUACCGUGGAAACAAGGGCUGGUUCCCCCAGAGUUAUGCAGAGAAAUGUCCUAAACCCUCUACUACUGAGACCGGCCCGUCUUCACCUGGAAAGACGUCCUGUGCGCUGCCACCGCCGCUAAACACAGGAGUCCCAGAUGGGGAGGUAGCAUGUGACAGCACCGCUCCUGCCCAAUCAGACGCUUCACAGUCCUCCGUCCCCCUGCUGGCUCGAGCCGUCUCCUCAUGGUCAGCCACCUCGGAAACUCACCUCAACCUCUCCUCUGGCGCGGGCGACGUCAUCACCGCGCUGCUGAGCUUCUCACAGGGUGACAUCAUCAGCGUGCUGCAGCAGAGGGACGACUGGUGGUUGGGGCAGCUCAAUGGGACGCAGGGAUGGUUCCCAAAAAGCUACGUCACUUUGGAGAUGGGUGGAAACACAGAUGUGGAUGCGUUCGACACGACAGACUCUGUUCAGCUUGAGGAGUAUGUGGCCUUGUACACGUACGAGAGCCCGGAGGCGGGGGACCUGACGUUUGUUGAGGGAGAUGUUGUCAUGGUGACAGAGAGGGAAGGAGAGUGGUGGCGAGGGUGCAUCGGGGAUCAGACCGGGGUGUUCCCCUCCAAUUACGUCCGACCUGUUGAACCAGAGGCAUCAAAACCUGGAGCUCCGGUCAAAAAGCCAGAGAUCGCCCAGGCAGUAACCACCGCUGUUGCCCCGACGAUGCAUCAGCUGCGUCUGUCUCCUGGGCAACUGAUCGUGGUCCUGGCCAAGAACUCCACUGGCUGGUGGCUCGGGGAACUGCAGGCUCGAGGCAAGAAGCGGCAGAGAGGCUGGUUUCAUUCCUCUCACGUCAAGCUCCUCGGCCCCUCCAGCAGCAAGUCCUCUCCCUCCCCUCUGCCAGUGUGCCAAGUUAUCGCAAUGUACGACUACACAGCUGCCAAUCGGGAUGAGCUGAGCUUCUCCAAGGGUCAGCUGAUUAACAUCCUGGACAAGACCAACCCUGACUGGUGGAAAGGAGAAGCCAACGGGGUCUUGGGCCUGCUGCCCACCAAUUACGUCAAGAUGACAACAGAAUCAGACCCCAGCCAGCAAUGGUGUGCCGAUCUGAUGACGCUGGACACCAUGACCCCUCAGGAGAGGAAGAGGCAGGGUUACAUCCACGAGCUCAUCCAGACUGAGGAGACCUACGUGGACGACCUGGAGCUGGUUCUAGAUGUCUUCUACAAGCCCAUGUCUGAGUCAGGUCGUCUGACAGAAGCUGAGAUGGGAGUGAUCUUUGUUAACUGGAGGGAGCUGAUUAUGUGUAACACCAAACUACUCAAGGCGCUGCGUGUCCGUAAAAAGACCGAAGGAGAGAACAUGCCGGUUCAGCUCAUUGGGGACCUGUUGGCUUCGGAGCUCGCACACAUGCAGCCCUACAUCCGCUUCUGCUCCUGCCAGCUCAACGCCGCCGCACUGCUGCAGAGCAAAACCCACAACCAGCCCGACUUCAAAGACUUCCUCAAGAAGAUAGCCACUAACUACCGCUGCAAAGGAAUGCCACUGUCCAGCUUCCUCCUCAAGCCCAUGCAGAGGAUCACACGCUACCCCCUGCUCAUAAAGAACAUCCUGGAGCACACGCCAGAUGGUCACGCAGACCGCAGCCCCCUGAGAGAAGCUCUGGAGAGGGCCGAGGAGCUGUGCUCUCAGGUCAACGAGGGAGUCAGGGAGAAGGAGAACUCCGACAGGCUGGAGUGGAUACAGAGCCACGUGCAGUGUGAGGGAGCUAUAGAGCACUUGGUCUUCAACUCGCUGACUAAUUGCCUCGGGCCUCGCAAGCUGCUCCACAGCGGUCGGCUUUACAAAACCAAAAGCAGCAGGGAGCUGUGGGCUUUCCUCUUCAGUGAUUUCCUCCUCCUCACGCACAGCGCCAAACCUUUCUCCUCCUCGGGACCAGACAAGCUGUUCAGCCUGAAGACCAACAUACAGCUGAAGAUGUACAAGACACCGCUCUUUCUAAAUGAGGUGUUGGUAAAAAUGCCGCCAGACCCGUCCAGCGAUGAGCCACUCUUCCACGUCUCACACAUCGAUCGAGUCUACACACUCAAAACUGAGACCCUGAAUGAGAGGACGACGUGGGUCCAGAAAAUCAAAGCAGCGUCUGAGCAUUUCAUAGAGACGGAGAAGAAGAAGAGAGAGAAGGCGUACCAAGCACGUUCCCUGAAGAGCAGCGGUAUCGGCCGACUGCUGGUAACAGUCACUGAAGCUCAGGAGCUCAAAGCCUGUAAACCAAAUGGUAAGAGCAACCCGUACUGUGAGCUGACGAUGGGAGCUCAGUGCUACACCUCCCGACCCAUCAGCGACACUCUGAACCCAAAGUGGAAUUUCAACUGCCAGUUCUUCAUCAAAGACCUCUACCAGGACGUCCUGUGUAUCACUGUGUUUGAGAAAGACCAGUUCUCACCAGAUGACUUCCUGGGUCGCACUGAAGUCCCCGUGGCAACCAUAAAGAAAGAGAUGGAGAGCAAAGGUGCUGCAAACCGUCGCCUGCUACUGCACGAGGUCCCCACUGGAGAAGUUUGGGUCAAACUGGACCUGCAGCUUUACGAGCCGACCAAAUGAGGACGACACUCAGCCGAACACACCCUCAGGCACACACACAUGCACACACCACUUAAUUGUAUAGCAAUGAAGAGAAACAUUUUGCAUAAACAGCCACACACACCUUUAAGUGCCUAUUUGUAAUGAAAAAUUCUCAGUUUUACUGCCACUGUCUUAUUCUGCCUUGAGCCAUUCAGACCCAUUUAAGUGACCUUUAAUAUAAAAGGGAAGGAGAUCCUGCCAAAAAUGUAGAGUGACACACUGAUUAUCAGAUGUAGAAAUGUAUUUGUGGAAAAAAUGUGGUCUAGUUAUCGACAAAGCAGCUAAAAAGUGCACAAUCAUGCCUUGAAAUGUACCAGUUAGAUUUGCUACAUGGUCGAGUUUUGUACUACUCAUAUUCGCAGAUUUGUACGCAAUACUUUUUUACUCUUAAAGGAAUACUUCAGCCCCCAAAUGACCAUUUGUAUAUCAGUUACUCGCCCCGUGUUAUGUUGAAUUCAUGAAGAAAAUUUUCUUUUCUGGCAUGGCUCCAUGGUGAACGAAGAAUCCAAAAACCUUUUAAUUCAGUUCCAAAAGAAUUGAAUUAAAAGGGGUCAGUGUGUUCAACAACAGCAAAACUAUAUCAAAACAUCAGUUUACAAACUUGUCGUCAGUUGUUUCUGACGGGGAACUAAAAGUGAAACUUGUCUAUGCUCACUUAAAAGCCAAUCUCCAUUGACAAAAGCAGUGAUUUUACUUCGCUGAACACAGGAGCUGCUGCUCUACCGUACAUUUGUUUUUGUUAUUGUGUGACUUUGGUGUAUUAAAGGGUUAAUUUGGAUUCACUAAAGUCACACAAAUGCACAAACAAAUUGACUGAUCGAGGCAGCUUUAGACCAGCGACUCCUGUGUUCAGCAAGGUAAAAUCACAAUUUUUGUCAAUGGAGUCUGGCUUUGACGAGAGCAUAGAUACGUUUUGUUUUCAAUUCAGUUUCCUAUUGGAAAGGACUGGACAAAUGACACUCGGAUUAUACUGCACGACUUGUGUGAGAGUUUGUGAACCAAUGUUUUAACAUUGUUUUGCUGUUGUUAAACACACGGACCCCAUGACUUUAAUUCGUCACAAAUUUUCCGCAUUUUUGGAUUCUUCGUUCACCUGAAGCAUGCAAGACAAACAGUUAUCUGCAAGGAUUCAGCUUAACACGGGGUGUGUAAUUAAAAUACAAAUGGUCAUGUGGGGAGUGAAGUAUUAUUAUUAAUGGAGGGAUACACCCUGUCCAACAUGUCUUCAUUUGUUUGAAUAAACACACACACUCUUUAUACAAUCGCCUGCACACUGCCACACACGUCCUUGUUAUACUAUCAUUUCAAAUGUUGCACACUACUGUAAAAUAUAAUGUCAACGUUAACCCUGAGUGUUCCAUUAAGUCCCAAAAAUGGCAUGAAUAAAAUGUACAUACAGUCAA